AGUUGUUCUUGUAUGAUGAUUAAGAUUAAUAUCUGCUAUAAUGAUGAAGAAGAAAAAGCCGAAAUCUUUCCCAUUUAAAACUCAGAAAAAAAUGUCGCCUGAUGUUGUUCACCGAAGGGCUUUCGUCCCUACAGCACUGCUUGUUGCAAAUCUUUUCUCCACUGCCCUCGCGGUGCAGCUCUCGCUUUUGUGGAGCGAGCAUGAUUCCCGUACUUGCGCGAACGUGGAUCUGAACGCCGUGAUUCCAAGAUAUACCCCGAAGGACUGCGC